GUGGCCGGAGCGGGGCGGAGCGGCCGCGCCGCCCGGGGCACGAGCAGCGGCGGGGCCAUGGGGAACCUGUUCGGGCGGAAGCGGCGGAGCCGCGUCACGGAGCAGGACAAGGCGGUGCUGCAACUGAAGCAGCAGCGGGACAAGCUGAGGCAGUACCAGAAGCGGAUCAGUCUGAACCUGGAGAGGGAGCGGGCGCUGGCCAGGCAGCUGCUGAGAGACGGCAAGAAGGAAAAAGCCAUGCUCUUGCUAAAGAAGAAGCGUUACCAAGAGCAACUUCUAGAUAAAACGGAAAACCAAAUCAGCAACUUGGAGAGGAUGGUCCAGGAUAUUGAAUUCACCCAGAUUGAAAUGAAGGUUAUUGAGGGUCUGAAAAUAGGCAAUGAAUGUCUGAACAAAAUGCACCAGGUUAUGUCAAUAGAAGAAGUAGAAAGAAUAAUAGGUGAAACCCAAGAUGCUGUGGAGUACCAGAGGCAAAUAGAUGAGAUACUGGCUGGCAGCCUGACCGAGGAAGAUGAAGAUGCCAUUCUAGAAGAAUUAAAUGCUAUUACUCAGGAACAGAUGGAGCUUCCAGAAGUUCCUUCUGAGCCACUCCCAGAAAAGAUCCCAGAAGCGUCACCCGUCAAGAACAGGCCAAAACCAGAACUGGUGGCAGCAUCUUAACUCCCACGUCUGGGGAUUCCCCCCCGUGACUUUCACCCAGGACAGUUUGCCAUCCCAGCCUGUGCUGGGAACAAGCAAUGCCUCGGCAGCAUCCCAGCUGUGCUGGGCGGAUGGUGGAGCAGGAUUCCCUGUGCAGGGUGGGGAACCUCAGCUGAUUAUUGCUCUUGUAUCAAGAUUAUUUUCUAGUGCUUUCUUUUUUUUGUAACUUAAAUUCUAAACUCACUCAGCUGCGCUGUCUCGGGAUUAAACAACAACUCUAAAAACUUCCAAAGCCAAAUGCUUUUCUUAGGUUUGAUUUCAGUGGUAAAUCUGGCUUUGCUCUGACUGAAGUCUCCCCUCAAAGCGAUCGUGUGUUUGAAACGGC